CAAAAAAAAAAAAUCUUAGCUGAAAUAUUUUGCCAAAAAAAAAAAAAUUUAUCUUUAGCAGGAAGAACUGACUCUCACUCUCAACUCCGAUGACCGCCGUCUCCGCCACUUUCUUCUUCCUCUCUCCGCCUCCCUUCUCUCCAAAACCUCCGUCCGUUGCACUUCUGACCUUCUCCCCUCACUUUCACUCACUCAAACUUAAACCCAUCUUCACUCCAUUGACUCUUGCUCCCAAGCGCUCCUUCCUUGUCCGCGCAGACGACGAUGAUGUGGAGGCUGCAGGACCCGAAGACUACGAAAUGUACGGGGAGGAAGUGGAGGAAUUGGAUAACAAGAAGGACUUCGACGUGGAGUACGAGCCUUUAGCUGCUAUUGCUGUUGCUGGGGCCGUUGUUGGCGCUGAUGAGGACAUUGCUCUUGUUGAGAGCAAGAGCUUCGUGUCCACACAAGGGUGGGAAUCGGAGAUGGUGGUGGAUUAUAGGAUAAAUGAGGAGGAGUUCCAUAAGAUUAGCUUGUUGGAUUGCGAUUUUUUCAUCAGAAAGCCCCCAGACCCGGAUAAUGAUGUCUAUGACUUCCGGGAGAUGUAUGUCACCCCUCCAGACACAGAUGUGUAUUCAAUUCCAAAGGUUUUGGCUCCAAUGCCUGAAAAGUAUAUUCGCUGUGCAAAGAGUGAUUAUGGCUGCUACAGUGUUACAGAACCACCCAUUGAUGCUCCUCGAGAUCCACUCUAUAAAUCUAAGAAGGAGGUCCUGAAGGUUUUCUUGACAAAGCAUUAUAGGAACCGGAGACUGGGCGACCAAGAGUUUGUGCUAGACUUUGAGGAGAUAUAUGUUAUUGAUUCAAAGACAAAGUCUAUUACGAGAGCAAAAGUUGUGGUCACAGUUCCAGGAGGAAGAAAUCGGGAUAGAAAGGGUGACCUUCUAGUAAUACGUGAUAACGGGAACUCCUUCAAAAUAAUUCAUGCGAGUGAAAGAGAUGAUCCUACUACUGUGAUAGAGAGGGAAGAGUGGAUCAAGACCAGACAAGAUAUGGAAAGACAUCUACGAAAGCUACGAGACUUUAGCAUCUCCAACUGGUUCUAAUCAAUUGGCAGAUUUUAGAGAUUGCUUCAUGAACUUAGGUAGACCAAUGUAAUGUAGAUUGUCUGGAAGCAAACAACCACCGUGCUGAUUGAACAUGUAAUCAUGCAUUGACAAAGAGGGCAUCUGUCACUCAUGGGGUGCCUACUAGACACCCUGUUCAGUUUUGUAGCAUGUCGAGGUUGCUUAAACUUGUAAUUAUUUCUGUUGUAAAUCUUAUUUAUAAAAAUUGCCAAUAAAA